AUUGCCCUCUGUUUCCACGAAUAACCCACCAUUGUCAAUCGAUGGACUCGCCUGUCGUAACACAGCUGUUCAGACAGCUUUUUAGACACCCCGCCUGCCAGUCCACGCGGUUUGCAACGCUACGACGACCGGUUAUAACAGGACACAAUCGCUCGGCAUUGGAACGCCAACAACGCCGGCCAUUUCUUACCAAAAAGGACAAUAACCAUAACAAUGCUAAGAAAAGCAAUACUGAAAAUGAACCGAUGUGGACAAAAAGGGGUGACUACCCCCGAGACAUCGACCAGCAAUUGCGCACGUUUCCCCUGGUCACGGCAAAAGAGCUGCGCAGUCGUCGCGAGCGACCGAGACAGGUGAAAAUGCUGACGCGAGAGUUCAUCGACGACAGUUUAUACAACCCGCAUUACGGAUACUUCUCCAAACACGCGACCAUUUUCCACCCCGGUGAACCAUUCGACUUCAAUCGCAUCGAAGAUGGGCCUCACUUUCACCGACUACUAGGAGAGCGCUACACCGAGUUUGAAGACAAACUAGACGAACGUAAUCCCGAUAUUGCUCGACAAUUAUGGCAUACCCCUACCGAGCUCUUCCGUCCAUACUACGGUGAAGCCAUCGCUCGUUAUCUCGUCACCAACUACAAACUCACCCUAUACCCGUACCACGACCUGAUCAUCUACGAAAUGGGCGCUGGAAACGGAACUCUAAUGCUGAAUAUCCUCGACUUCAUCCGUGACACCGACCCGGAGGUCUACCAACGCACAAAAUUCCGCAUCAUUGAAAUCUCCUCGUCCCUCGCGGAGGUGCAGAUGAAGAACCUGAUCGACAAAGGCGGGCAUACCGGGCACGUUGAGAUCAUCAACAAAUCCAUCUUCGACUGGAACGAAUACGUGCACUCGCCAUGCUUCUUCCUCGCGCUGGAAGUCUUCGACAACUUCGCCCACGACGCGAUCCGCUAUGACUACGAGACCGAAAUGCCGCAGCAAGGCGGCGUGCUGAUCGACACGGACGGCGAGUUCUGCGAGUACUUCAACACCACGCUUGACCCCCUCGCAGCCCGCUUCCUGCGCACCCGCCAAGCAGCCGCCCGUCGCCCGUUUCCACUCGCGCUGCCAUCAAAGCUCAGCCGCGGAUUGCGCAGUUCGCUGCCGCUCGGAAGACGCGAUUUCACGCUCCCGGAGUACAUCCCGACGCGGCUGAUGCAGUUCUUCGACAUCCUGCGAGAUUAUUUCCCGGCGCAUCGCCUGCUAGCCAGUGACUUUAGCACGCUCCCGGACGCUGUGCCGGGUCUGAAUGCACCAGUCGUGCAGACGCGGUAUCAACGACGCACAGUGCCAGUCUCAACACCAUUCGUCCUCCAAGGCUACUUCGACAUUUUCUUCCCCACCGACUUCGAGGUGAUCGAAGACGUCUACCGGGCUGUCACUGGUAAAUUAACGUUUGUCACGAAUCAUCAGGAUUUCAUGGAACGAUGGGCGUAUAUCGAGGAUACAGAGACAAAGAGCGGCGAGAACCCGUUGUUGACGUGGUAUAUGAAUGCUAAGGUGUUGGCGACUGUGUGAGCAGGGGUUGGAAAGGAUUGGUUGGAUUGAUGUACAUAAUUCGCAAUUCACUGGUAAAGCCUAUUGAGAAAAUGUAAUUCUAGUAUUUCCACAUAGUAAAAACUAAUAUAUGGUAGAAUGAUGCGCAGUGGCGAGCCUUGUAAAAAUACUGUGUGGCGGCCUGCCUUAUACAUGGUCGGCUGGCACAACGGUGAGUGGUAUGGUUGUUGACACAAAACACAUUAAACA